UGUGUGUGUGUGCGUUGUGUGUGUCAUCAUCUGCCUGUAACCGGUUUCGAUCGCCAGCUGCCCCUCACGGACGACUGGGAGGGCGAAGGCAGCAGCAGCAGAAGCCAGAGAAGCAGCCGAUCCGACCCACCAUGUCCCCCUCGGCUCGGCCCGGCAGCGCCGGACUCGGCACGGAGGAAGACGAGUCCGGCUUGGGGAUCCAGAAGGCGGACAGAAAGAUAAGGAAACCUCUCGUGGAGAAGAAGAGGCGAGCUCGUAUCAACGAGAGUUUGCUGGAGCUGCGGUCUUUGCUCUCGGAUACGGACUUUCACUCCAAGAUGGAGAACGCAGAGGUGUUGGAGAUGACGGUGAAAAAGGUGGAAGACAUUCUGAAGAACCGAAACCAAGAGACGGACACGCUGAACCGAGAAGCCAGCGAGAGGUUUGCAGCUGGUUACAUCCAGUGCAUGCACGAGGUCCACAUGUUCGUCUCCAGCUGCCCCGGGAUCGACGCCACGGUGGCGGCCGAGCUCCUCAACCACCUGCUGGAGAGCAUGCCCCUCAAUGAGGACCACCUCCAGGACGUGCUGCUGGAGCUCAUAACGGACUCUCCCGGCGGCAACGGCGGCGUGUGGCACGGGGACGGCGAGACGCUGUGCUCCUCUCUGGCCUCCCCGGGAGGGCGGAGCCUGUCCAGCGGCCUGUCCUCGGCCCUCUCCCCCUGCCCCUCCACCAUAUCCAGCGAGGACCUGUGCUCUGACCUGGACGAGACCGACAGCGAGCACAACCAGAGCUCCACAGAGGCCUCCAUGUGGAGGCCGUGGUAGGAUACAGCUGGAAUA